AUGAAGAAGCUCUUUCAGAUCGGCCCCCAGCACCAUGGGAACGGCGGGUGCACCUUUGCGUGGCAGCCUGGCGGCCUCUUCGUCGCGUCGGUCGGCGAGGGCCAGAGGAUAUUGUUCCUUUUUGACCGCCGCGGCCAGCAGGUUACCGAGGUCCAGCUGAGAUCCACGGCGAAGGUGCUGCAGCUGGAGUGGGACAAGGACGGCGAGUUUUUGGCCAUCCUCCAGUCUGGCGACGACAGCGUGCAGCUCUGGCGGCAGGCCGACAAGAAGGUCGAGACGCUGGAGCUCCACUCCAAGGACCCGACGUGGCUCUCCUGGUCCAAGCUGGGCCCCCAGCUCGUAGUUGGCACUGGCCGUGGGAACGUCACGAUAUUCAAUAAAUCAACCAUGAAGAAGCUUGCACUCGCCGGCAAGCACUCGAAGAAGAUCACUUGUGGAGGGUGGCAUCCACUGGAGAAUAUCUUCGCUUGUGGGUCGGAGGACCGAACCGUCACGGUGAACACCGAGGACGGCGAGCCACUGGCCGGUCAAGGGGACGAGCCACUCCGGCUGAAGAACGAACCAUUGUCCAUCAAGUUCCCUGCUUUGUCAGGGCCGGGCGACUCUUCCGCAGACCGCGACCGUUUGAUCGCGAUCAUCAACGGCGACACGUCGCUGCUCGUCUACAAGUUGCGCGACGAGAACAGCAAGCCUACAGACCUCAGCUUCCAACCGCACUACGGCAAUAUCGUGACUUUCUGCUGGCUCGGGGACUCGUACCUCGUUGUCGGCUUCUCUGACGGCUGGGUGGUCGUCGUUAAUGCGAGCAUCCGCGACGGCAAUGUCGAGGAAGCCUCGUCUGCAAAAUACCAUCCUAACGCGCUCUAUUGCCUGUGUUGCAGCAAGGUCGCCGAGAGAAUUGCAUCCGCCGGUGACGACGGCAUCAGGAUCAUCAGUGGGAAGGACUUCAAAGAAAUAGCAAACGAGCGGAUCCAGUUGCGGCCUGAGGCCAAGGUGGUGAGCAUGCACUGGUCGGACGACGGCGAGUUGCUGUCCUUCUGCACGGAGACUGGCUUCAUCUACUGCUACCUGGCUAAGCUCACGGUACUGUCAGCCACUUGCAACACCAGGCUCGCGUACUUGACGUCCCUGCAGGAGCUCACUGUCUGCGACUGCGCCGACGAGGCGGCGGGCAAGGUCGUGCUGCAGACCGACGUGGAACCUGGCCUCAUCGCGCUGGGACCCAACCACGUCGCUGCGGCCUUCAACAACAACUGCUGGUACUACUCUGCGUCGUCGAACGGCACCAACACCCUCGUGAACAAGAUGGAGUACGUCGGCAGCGUGAAGGGCGUGAGCCUCAACGCCACUCACGCCGCCACCCUGAUCGAGGGGGGCCGCCUGUUCUUGCAUUCAAUCGAGAAGGGUGAUGGCAAGAUGGUGAUCUUUCCGAGAAGGGAAGGCGAUGGCCAGAUCACUUGCGCUUACAUCGUUGCAGGCUUUCUAAUCUACGCGCACACCAACGGCCGCGUACAGUAUUAUUCGCUUGUCGACCAGACUGAGGUUAACGAGUACAAGCACUCCAGCGGUAUCAGGAAGUUCUUCCCUAAUCAAGAGGGCACCCGCUGCAUCAUCGUAGAUGUCAGUGGGGCUGCCUUCCUGUACAACCCCGUCAACGACGAUUGCAUAAUCGUUCCAGACUUCCCUGCCGGUGGAGAUCGUGUUCAGGUAGUGUGGGACUCGUUGGACUCUGGUGUCUUCGCUGCGGUGGACAGCUCCAGAGUCUUUACCUUCAUGUACGCACACGUUGAGGUUGGUGGCAGCGCCGUCCGCUGCCUCGGCAGCGUGGACAUCGGGCCAGAGGGUGAGCUCAGGAUCGACAAGAUGCACACAGAGAUUGGGCAGGGCCAGAGCCUCCUGCUGCUCCUGGACGGCGUCGCGUGGUGCCAGCAGGCCAACGGGGCCCUCCUGCAGCAGCGCCUGCGGAGCCACGAGCUGCUGGGUGGCGUGCUGCACGCUGGCGAGCCCACCGAGCGCCUGAAGGCGAGCUUCAAGCAGGCUCUCAGCCUCAACCGCUUCCAGCAGGCGUUCAAGCUGGGCCUCUCCCUGGGCCAGAAGGACCUCUGGAUUGCCAUGGGACGGCGCUGCCUGGAGUGCCUCGACAUGGCUUGGGCCAAGAAGGCCUACCGCCAGGCUCCCUCGCCAGGGAUGGUGCUCUAUCUCGAGCGGAUCCAGACUGUCGAGGACAAGCAGCUGCUCAGUGGCCACGUGGACAGCCUGCUAGGCCGAUACGACAAGGCGCGGGAACACUUUCUUCAGAGCAUCUGCCCAGAGGCGGCUUUGGACAUGCACUGCGACUUCCUGCAGUGGGACAAGGCCAUCUCCCUCGCGCAGUCACUCGCUCCGCAGCGGCUGCCCGCGAUCUACCUGAAGAGCGCCAUGGCACUGGAGGCUAAGGGGGAGUACCAGCAGGCCCUCAACCACUACGAGGCCGCCAGCGGCGGCGAGAACAGCCCCGACGCAACGCCAGAUCACGCCAACCAGUGCCGUGCAGGGAUCGCACGCACGUCGGUGCGGCUCGGCGACCUGAGCCAGGGGAUGGAGGCCGCCAAGUCUCUCGGCGACCCCGCCGUUUGCAAGGACUGCGCCGAGUCGCUGGUGCGCAUGCGGCAGUUCUCCGAGGCGGCAGAGAUGUACGUCCAAGCCGGUGCCUUCGACCAGGCAGCAAACUUGUACAUCCACGAGUUCAACUUCGACGCUGCGGCUCCCCUCAUGAGCAAGAUACAUACGCCCAUGAUCCACAUGAAGUUUGCAAAGGCGAAGGAGACCCGCGGCGCAUACAACGAGGCGCUCGAAGCCUACGAGCGAGCGCGAGACUUGGACAGUGUGGUGAGGUUGAGCUUGGAGAAACUCGAUAAGCCAGCAAGGGCUUUUCAGUUGGUCCGUGAGACUGGGCUGGCGUCCGGGGCUGAGCGGGUGGCGGAUUACUGCAUGAGCCAGGGCAACAUCCCGGGCGCAAUCGAGUUCUUCCUGUUGGCCAGGAUGGACGAGCGAGCGUUCGAGCUGGCCGAGAGGCACGACGCCAUGAGCAACUAUGAGGAACAUCUCGGGGAGCAUGGCGACAAGGAGCAGCACGCGGUCAUUGCCAGAUACUACGAACAGCGGUCCCGCAAUUCGGAGGCAGCCAAACACUAUUCGCUCUGCGGGGAGUACCACACGGCCCUCAAGCUCUACCUUAAGGUCGGCGAGAAGGAGAUCGACAACGCGAUUGAGGUCGCUGGGAAGGCGCGCAACGACGCACUGACGCACCAGCUCGCGUCCUACCUUAUGGGUGACUCCGACAAUGUGCCGAAGGCGCCAGUGUACAUUUGCAAGCUGCACAAGGUCUUGGGCAACCACUUGCAGGCUGCAAACGCAGCGCUUAUGAUAGCGAGGCAGGAGCAGGAUGACGGCAACUACAAGGCGGCGCACCAGCUCCUCUUGACCAGCUACCAGGACCUGCGGAGGGAGAAGCUGCCGCUGCCGCAAGAGCUGUGGCGCCGGAUCGUGAUCCUGCACUCCUACGUGAUCGUCAAGCGUUUGGUCAAGGCUGGCGACCACCCAGGUGCCGCGCGUAUGCUGCUGCGCGUGGCCAAACAUAUCCAGCAGUUCCAGUCACACACUGUACCCAUCCUCACCUCGGUUGUUAUUGAGUGCCAGCGCGCCAAGAUGACUAGUGACGCUUACAAGUACGCCUGCGAGCUCAUGAAGCCCGAGAACCGACCCCAGAUCACAGAACAGUACAAGAAGAAGAUCGAAAAUAUCGUGAGGAAGGGGAAGCCCGAGGACCAGGAGGAGCUCCAGGAGGUCACCUCCAACUGCAUGCACUGCGGCUUUUCUCUGCCGGAUUCGCAGUUGGACUGUCCGAAUUGCAUGAACAUCUCCCCGUUCUGCAUCAUCACUGGCAUGCGUAUGCUCAAGGAAGACUGGGCCCGCUGCCCCAGCUGCCAGUUCCCCGGCCGCAGGACGCAUUUCUUGGCGGCCCUGCAAAACGGGGACUCCUGCCCGAUGUGCGACGCCGUCAUCAAGCCUGCGGAGCUCAUCCCCAUCCCAGACUCUGCGCCACACAUCGCGGAGUACAAGUCGUUGUUCAAGCCAGACGCCGCGGAACUCAAGGCGUACUGA